CCGCAGAAAACGUUGGCUUCCGGCCGCGUUUGAGCCGCGUAAAUUGGAUAUGUUUCAUCGUGAACCCGACGCUGCUAAAAAUUUAAACGCACGCCGCCUGGCACGGAAAUAAUCGGGGAGAGAAAUUUAUCAAUGUUGCUCCGAUUUCGAAGCUUCGGUCCCCCGCCGCGCGAGGUCGCCCCGCUCAAAUGUCAUCCGCGGAUUCGAUCGCGAGUGCGUUUGUGUGGCACUUUGAAAAGUCGUGGUGCCACGGCUCGCCUGCGUUAUCGUUGCGCUUAUGCCGCUGGCGAUCCCUCGCCACCGGCACAUGUAAACGAGGACCCUCCCGUCGUCUCGAGCAGCCCGGAGACAUGGAAGAGACAUGUCUGGAGGAGGGACCUGCGGGAAAUUUCGAAAGGGCCACCCUGGAAAUCGCCAGUACCGACCCCGUCAGACCGUCGCUGGAGAGCGCGGACGACGCGCCGAAGCGGAGCUCGGCCUCCAGGGACGUGUGCAACGUGCCGUUCAAGCACAUAGACAUACACACGUUUUUCACCGACAGGAACGAGGUCGUGGAAAGGGCGAUAAGCGACUGCACCGAGAAACUGAUAAAUCAGAACAAUGACGAGCUUGUGGGCAGCUGGCUGCUGACAGAAAUAAGCCUGUGGGACACGGAGAAGGAGAGGCUCGUGUUGUUGGCGACGAAAGCCCUCUACUCUAUAAAGUACGACUUUAUUUCUCUAAAGAUACUCGACUUCAAUCGAGUGCCCAUACUGCUGUUUGAUACAGUGGUCACGGGGGAUCUGAUUUAUCCGACCACGUCUCUCGCACCACGAUUAAGCGGAUUAGCGGAAGGCGUGUCGUCUAUAAUUCAUUGUGCGGUGCGUCAGGAAUGGUCCUCUCUCGCAGGUUGCUCUAAUCUUACUCAAUUCGAGCCUAGGAAGCGGCACAUGUCGGGGAUAAGACUCAUGUGGAACAGAGGACAGCCCUUGUCUCUCGUGAAAAAGUGGAAUCCGUUUGCGAGAGAUAUACCGUGGCUCACGUAUGCUAGUCAUCCGUUGUUCUGGUACAAAGAUGGAACCGAGAUUGUCAAGACGAGAUUUGACAUAGAAGCCUUCAGCACUACGCUCAAAAGUUUAUUACCUCGUGAAUGCAGCGUCGUUACCAUGCCGAUCGUCGUAGAGAAUUAUUGCGGUCUCGGUGCCUUAGUGCACAACAGGAACGGUUUGGGAUUCUUUAAAGUACGCGGCAAAGUCAGUUUUUAACUUCUCCGGUCUCAUAGAAAAUGCAAAUGUCGCAAGGUAUUUCCUCUCAAAAUUUCUCCUCGCUUCUAGAAUCUUUUCUGUAUUAUUUUUCAACUCCCUGUACAGUAUUACCGUAGCGAAAUUAAUAUUGAAAACGCAAUUCUCAUCUAUGAUAAAUAUAUACACGUAUAUAUAUUAAUAAUAGCAAAUAUUAUUAAUGUAUAUGCAGUAACAUUAAAUUACAUGCAUAUUGAAAUUAAAUCUGCUGCAGUAUUUUUAGAAUUGCUUAAUUAUUUUCAUAAAAAUCCAACAGUCUAUUGAACAAAAGUCGAUUAAACAAAUGACUUAUCAAUUAAUUGCUGCAUAUUUCCUGCAGUAUUAUAUAAAUUAUAUAUUUAUAUAAGCGUAAUAUAUAUAUAUAAUACAUAUGUUAAUUCUAAGAUAUGUAUACAUAUUUCCUGUUAUACAUUUACACUGUGCUUAAUUAUUUCGUACAAAGAAGUACGAAAGUUUGAUUUCUCAAUUUAUAAUAAACUUUUAAAAUACUUUAACAUUAAAAAAACUCGCACUACUCUUGAUACUUGAACUACUAUAUGGAAGGAUUUACAAAUAAACGACACUUGUCGUGAUUUCUUAUCGUAGAACCACGCAAUGUACUUGUACAAUGCUACACGUCUACAUAUUUUUUGAGUUGAUAAUAAAUGAGAAAUCUUGAAUAUA